UCGUCACUAUCGUCGGUGAACCACACUCUAGAAACGACAUUAGGUUCUAUGUUGUAGGAAAGCGAAACACCGGUGAACAAGCAGAUUUGAAGGCUGCUCGCCUGCGUUAGAUUCCUGUUACGGCCUUUUCUCAGAAUCGCUACAGUCGACGAUGGCAGACACGACACUUGAGACCACGGAAGCCAAGGAUCAGCAGCAGAAGGGGGAGCAAAGCCCGGACACCCCGAGGAACGAUUCGCGCCCACCUCCCACGCCUCGCUCGACUGGCGGCAAGGCGGUCACCUGCUCUGUGCGCAUGCUCGACAACACCGACUUCCAAGUGCAGAUCAACAAAACUGCAACGAGUCAGGACUUGUUCGACAUUGUUGCGAACAGCAUCAACCUAGCAGAACGCGACUACUUUGGCAUCAACUACAGGGAUCCGGACAAGUCUAGGAAUUGGCUGAAUAAUGAGAAGCGAAUUUCCAAGCAAGUCCGAAGUGGACCGUGGUCAUUUCACUUUGAGGUCAAGUUCUACCCACCGGACCCUGCCCAGCUACAGGAGGAUAUAACCAGAUACUAUCUGUGCCUCCAGGUUCGCAAUGACAUCCUCAGCCAGACGCUGCCCUGCUCGUUCGUCACGCACGCACUGCUGGGAUCUUACCUCGUACAGUCGGAGAUAGGAGACUACGACCCGGACGAACAUAACGAUGAGUACAUGUCGGACUUCCGCUUUGCUCCCAGCCAGACGAGGGAGCUCGAGGAGAAGGUUGCAGAGCUGCACAAAACCCACAAGGGUCAGACACCUGCCGAAGCAGAGCUACACUACCUGGAGAACGCCAAGAAGUUGGCCAUGUACGGCGUUGACAUGCAUCCAGUGAAGGACUCUGAGGGUGUCGACAUCAUGCUGGGCGUGUGUGCGAACGGUCUGCUUGUUUACCGGGACAGACUGCGCAUCAAUCGCUUCGCCUGGCCGAAGAUCCUCAAGAUAUCGUACAAGAGAAACAACUUCUACAUUAAGAUCCGACCGGGAGAGUUUGAGCAGUUUGAGAGCACCAUCGGCUUCAAGCUCGCCAACCACCGCGCCGCCGCCAAGAACAGGCCGGUUUGCUGGAAGGUCUGCGUGGAACACCACACCUUCUUCAGGCUGAUGAGCCCUGAGCCGACUGAGAAGAAGGCCAAGUUACCGCGUUUCGGCUCCAAGUUCCGCUACUCGGGCCGCACGCAGUACCAGGCGCGCUCGGCCAGCCUCAUGAUCGAUCGCCAGCAGCCCAACUUCAACCGCACGCUCAGCAACCGCUACAAGGGCUCGCGAAGCCUCGACGGAGACAUGUGGGCCGCUGCAUCCUAUGAGAUAGCGCCCGGGUUCGACCGCUCGCGCGAAGAGAGACCGGACGAGAGCAAGAAGCUGUACGUGAAACCCUCGGACGACGAAGACGACCUCGACGACGACAAGAAGCGUCUGAUGGAGGAGGAAGCUAGGACGGACGCGGAGGCGCGGGAGCGGGAGCUCGAACGCCAGCGCCGCGAGCGAGAGCGGGAUCGCGAGCGCGAGGCACAGAACGCGCGCGAGGGCGAAGCGAUACGCGCCGCGGCCGCCGCCGCUGCCGCCGCCGUCGCCGCCGAGCGGGCCGGACACGAGGUCGAGGAGGAGGAAGAGGAGGAGGAGAGGAAGCGCGGCGGGGAGGAGGUGGUGCAGACGGUCGUCGCCGUGACGACCGCCGUCGCCCCGCUCGCGACCGACGAGGAGAAGAAGGAUAAGAAGAAGAAGGGGCCGGACGACAAGGCGGCUAAGGCCAAGGCGAAGGAGGUGGAGAAGGAGAGGAAGAAGAGAGAGAAGGAGGAGAAGAAGAAGCAGAGGGAAGCGGAGAAGGCGGAGAGGGAGAAGAAGAAGCAGGAGGAGAAGGAGCGCAAGCAGCGGGAGAAGGAUGAGAAGAAGAUCGCCGUCGCCGUCGCUGUCAAGGCCGACCAGGAAAAGUCUCCGGAGAAGGAGAAGGAGAAGGAGAAGAAGGGUGAGGGCGAGGGAGAGGACGAUGAUGACGUCGAGCGGGAGAACGGCAGACCUACCGAGACGGGGGCGGUGGUCGUCGUGGCGACGACGCGCGACGACAAAGACGAUGACAAAGAGAACCGACAGAAGACUGACAAAGACAAGGACAAAAAACAUAAGCAGGCGGACAAAGGUAAGAAGGGGAAAAAGGACAAGGACGCUGACAAAGAGAAGGACAAGAAUGAGAAAAAGGGCAAGCUCCUUGCUUUGGGUAAGAAGGAUAAGAAACACGAUGACGAAGGUGACGAUGACGCUGACAAGGACGAUGACAAGGACGCUGACAAGGACAAAAAGGACAAAAAAGACAAACACGCAGUUAAAGAUAAGAAGGACAAAAGUGACAAAGACAAGAAGGGGAAAAAGGACAAAGACGGUGACAAGGACAAGAAGGACAAAAAGGACAAGGACAGUGACAAAACUAAGAAGGGCAAAAAGGACAAGAAAGACAAGGAUAGCGAUAAGGAUAAAAAAGAUAAAAAGAAGAAGAAGGGAAAGAAGGGCAGAAGGGACGCACAAGGAUUCGCGGCAGCGACCUCGGAUUCCGACAAGAAGAAGAGGAGCCCGGGGACGGUUGGACGACAGUCACCGAAGACGGUCGUCACGACGACGAAGACUGGAGCUGACCGGCACGACGAGACCACCAAUGCCACGUUCAACUCCUCCACCGACUACCAGGAGGGCUACCCGCUGUCGUCGCCUGACAACAGCGCUCUCGAGGGAGGACCCGGCCCGUAUUACCCGCCGGAAUCCGACGGCUUUACGUACGACAAAGUCGAGCAACCGCCGACGGUGCAGACGGAAAGCGUAAAAUACGAUCCGAACGUUGAGGAGGAGGUAAACGUCACGCGCACCGUUCCCACGGUCGCCACGGAGACGCGCACGGUGCGCUACGAGACAGAGGGCGCCAAGAACGACGACGAGAACGUCAUCGAGCUCGUCGGCUCGCAGAUAGUGUCGAGUCGCAGCAAGACGGUGGAGACCGUGACCUACAAGACGGAGACGGACGGGGUGGUGGAAACGCGCGUGGAGCAGAGAAUCACCAUCAGCAACGACGGAGGCGUGCCCAUCGACCACGACGAGGCGCUUGCUGAAGCCAUUCGUGAGGCGACGGAGAUGAACCCGGACAUGACCGUUCAGAAGAUCGAGAUCAGGCAGGAGUCUGAGCCGGUUGAGGAUGGGGGCAGCAAGGACACUACGGUGUAGAGAGGGACGUACGCCGCACGCACGCGACGACACGACGGUACCGAACACAGUGUCGAACGUUUUGCUCGUGCGUUGUUUUUUUACUACGAGCACACUGCCAUCGUCAUCAUUGCCGCCGCUGUCAUCACGGCCAACAGCAUCAGCCGCUUCAUAGAGCCGCGUCAACUGAUUGGUACCCCGAGCAGCGAUUCACGUCUUGCACACACGGAGAGGCUGAGGAGGAUGAGGAGGAGGAGGCUGAGGAUCGCACGAACGGGAAGAUGCGAAGAAGAUGCUGCUCGCGAACUCGCUCGCCUCCCUUCGUCGUCGCGAAGCUUCGGAACGCUUGCUCGUAUAAUUUUCUUGCCGCGCUGACGGAGAUUCUAACGGGCGAGGAGGGGCGGGCGGAGACGCGAGCAGCUCUUCUCGUGUCUCUGCUGCAGCGGGGGAAGGUGAUGCAGGGGGAAAUAACCCUCUCCUGGAGUUCCCGGCGUAGAUUUUCGAGCGAAUUAAACGAUUGAAUAUGUGCGAUAUCGAAGGGAAGUUUGGUUCACAAGGCAAAAUCUGCUCCUAUUUCUUUUUGUAGAUAUAAUAGUCUUUUAAAUUUUAGGCAGUCGCAAUCGUAUAUUAUUAGAGGCAUGAAUGCCGCAGGCACACGAGACUGGGCGAGCUAUUCGACUUUGCGUGAUAAAACGAGUGAUAUAUAACUCUCUAAGUUCUAUAGGAGCAAGUACGUACGUAGGAGACGAUAGCUUGCUGUUACCGCAUGUCGCGUCGUGUGCCUGUGAGCAUUGUAGCACGACAGGAAGGAUAAAACCUUCCCUCUCAUGCAUUGCAGCAGAAAACUUACUUGUCGAGAGCACUGCAUGCACGAGAGAGAAUCGUUUGGCCGCAUAAAGAUAGUCAUAGAGGCAAAGCGUAACCAAACGGAAAGAUAUUUCGUCAGACCUUUGGGAACAUUGCUAUUGCAAUAUGCUUUUUCGUAUUUAGGGCAUCUGCUAACCAUGUGUAUUACCACAGUAUAUAGAAAUCAUGUUCUAGAUGACAAGUCAUUCCACGUAUUCUUGAUUGUAUUGUUACGGCAGAGGGUUUAUGCAAGCUUUUUUUCGAGGACCAAUCACAUUGACGCUGUUGCUGUUAUUGUUCUAAUAGUGCUGCUGUUGAUUCGAAAGAACUCGUCGGGCUUUAAGAAUAGUAUGUCGAUGUAUUUUAGACGAGUGCUGAGGAGACGAGUUUGUAUGUGUAUCCAUGAAGCUGGGGUGAGUCCUUCUAGACUGUUAUCUCUGUUCUUCAUUCAUCAUGGUUGUGAAAUGGUAGAGGAUAGGUCUAUAUGUUGAAGACAAAUACUUUAGAUUUAUAAUGUGGACAAUAUGGAAAUCGUUUUUAUUAGCAGGUACUGCUCAAAUCAGCUUUUUAGCUUUUUGCAGAAGCAUAUUGAAAUUUGUAGAGCGGGGUGUUCUCAGCUAGGAAUGCGGGUGUUUGGUAGUUUAGCUAGUUGCAAAUGGUAUUAAAUACUUUUUAUGACAUACGUCAAUUUGUUUCUGACCGCGUAUGGUCGAGCAAGUAUGUACAUUUUGCUACUUUUUUUAUUGUUUAUCAUUUUUGAGUUUCGUGGAUCUAUUUACCACACCGAAGCAAGAUGACGGACAUUAUUUUGAAAAAAAGAAAAAAGAAAAAGCUGUUGGCGAAAGUAUUGAUAGUCCACUUGCUUACGUACAUGUGUGUGUAUUGUUGGUACAGUGCUGCCCCCUAACGGAUGGCCUAUCACCUGUAAAUACAGCAGCUAAUAUCGAUUGCAGGUGAACACGUGUCGACGCUUCGUUUACGCUGGUGGCGACGACUGCUUUCCAUCGCAUGCCUCGUCAUUUAAUUACCGUAGCAGUUGUGAAGGUUUUUUUUUAUCAAUAUAGAUUUGUCCAGUUCUUUGUUGUUGUGUGCGCUGCACGUGAAAUCCCACCGCAGGGGGGGGGCGAUAAGAGACAGAGAGAGAGAUAGAGAGGAUUGUCGCCUGCUGCUGCUGCUGGUGGGGUGUAUGACGGUGCACACAGGCACGGUUGUAAUGGUGCGUUUAUAUACGGUUUAUAAAGGUGGUUGUGACGAGGGACGAUGCGUGUUGUGAGCGGCGUCGACCGAGCAGCCGUCCUAAAAGUCGCGAGGCUGCGGAUGCUCGGUCGGCGGCGCACCACAUCUCCGGGGGUGUGAUUCUAUUUUAUUGUACUGCCGCAUUACUAGAAUGAAUGUUCACUUGUUUGUUUUUCGUGUCGUUGUUUUGCUACGGUCUGCAAGAUGCUCGAUGGGGAAGCAGCGGCAAUGUGUCCAAUGAUGAUGACUGAAAUAAAAGAUUCGGAUUCAGUAAUA